UCCAUGUCAUAUGACUGCAAUGAUUUCUGCUAGGUGAACUAAAACUGCUCAAAGUUUAGGAAAGUUUAAACGUAAGAGAGAUUUUAGCUAAAAACUCUUCACAUUUCCUUCACAAAAAUUGUGCGAUCAUCCCAAAUUUGAAUGACAAUACUCGAGGCUGCUUCACCGGUUGCCGGCGAUCUCACCGCUUCUGCGGGCGGCGAAGUGAUCGCCGACAAGGAAGACGUUCUAAGUGAAAUUCUCCUCCGAUUACCCACAAAAUAUCUUCUCCAAUGUUGCUGCGUCUCCAAACACUGGCACUCUCUCAUCUCUGCUCCUCAUUUCCGCCGCCGUCACUGCCGCCGCCACGCCUCCACUUCCGCCGCCACUGGUCUCUUGUUGUUCCGUACAUUCUCCUUCAAACAUCUCAUGGACCACCUCGUAUACUUCCCCAAUAAUUCCAACGACAAAAAUUGUUAUUCUAGAACCAUCCCUUCUUCCAUUCGUAGGUUUCAUUACCCUUUAGCCUUUUCAGGUUUUCAUCACCUUCAUUCUUGUAAUGGGUUGUUGUGUUUUGGGCUUUUGUUGGCUCCUUGUGAAUGUAACCUUUAUGUUUAUAACCCUUGUACAUGCUCUUAUGCUUCUCUUUCACUGCCUAAAAAAUUUAGCCUCGCUACUAUUAAAGCUAUAAAUUUAGCAUUUGAUCCGUCAAGAUCCGAUUUUUAUAGAAUUAUUUGCAUAUAUGCUUAUAAUUCGGAAAAUGACAAUGACCCUUUUGGGGAUCACGUGUAUAAAAUCUUGAUUUAUGCUUCAGAAAGUGGUACAUGGAAGGAUACAGGAAAGGGGUUUAAUGAUAAAUAUGAUUACUUGUUGAAAAGGGGCGUGUUUUCACGAGGUUGUAUUCAUUGGGUUGGCGAGAACAAGCCUUUUCUAGCGUUUGAUGUCGAGAAUGAGAGGUUUAGGACAAUGCCUAGUACUAGUGUUCCUGAAAAUGGGAGAAAGAUUUGUUAUUUUGGCGAUUGGGGUGGACGCCUCCAUGUUAUUCAGGAAUGUGACAGUGGAGCAGCUUCACUGGUGGAUGUAAUGGAGUUGCAGAUAGAUUACUCCAAGUGGUCGUUGAAGUAUCGCAUUGAUAUUGAUUAUCUUGGUAUGGGAAUUGGAGGUAAUGCUGAUGGUAUUAAGGUUGAUGUACUUUGUUUGGUCGAGGCAAAUGGAGAAGGGAAGACUAUGCUUAUAGUAUCAGCUCAAGGCAGAAUUUUAUCCUACGAUAUCGUUGACAAGACAUUUGAGGAGUUAUCAUAGAGAAACAGUCUAUGUUGCUCGGACUCGGGUGCAGGUAUCCAAUCAGAGAGCGGAUCUAGAAGUUGGAUCCUUCAUAAUCAAAUUUUUAUGAUUCUGGGGUAAUCAAGGUACGUAUACGGAUGCAGGGUCUUGGCUGAAAGUAAUUCAAAAUUCUAAAGAUACUAUAUAAAUAUCCUAAAUUAUGAGAAAUAUUCUGUGAAAUACUAUAGGUUAUGGAGUGCAGUUGAUAGUUCAAUCUUUCAUUUUGGUAAUUUCUCAAGUUGUUGCCACUAGGCACUAGCAAGCAGCCAUGGAUUGUGGUCAAAGUACCCGAUCUCGAUUGAUCACACCCGGUACGAAUACCACAUUCUUACCAGUACUAGUGUCGUGCCGACACGGGUUUAGCAGUUAAAAUGAAGAGUCCAUGCAACAUAGCAACCAGUUACUAAACAUGUCAAAAGAAGUAUUGUUUCUAAUAUUUUAAUUUCAUUUACACAGUAACAGAAACACCAUUCUCAUCUGUGUUUGAUCCGAGCUCUUGCCAAACUCUAGAUUUUUUCUUAUUCGGUGGGUCAGUGAACUCAUGAUCUAGUUCAAUGGAUGAAGACACUUCAAAUUAUUUUUGAUAGAUUGAAAACAAUGUCAAUGAAAAUUCUGCUAUUCUGAAUAUAUUGUAACUAUCAAUGGUACAAAUUCUUCACAAGCUUAGUAACUAUCAAUACAGCAAUAUAAUGCCAUCAGCAUGGUUCUUCUAGUCAACUUCUCAAGUCUACAUUCCCUUGGUUUCCU